UUGACUACUUCAAGCAUUUAAAACUAAGUUUAAUCGAGUCAGCAUGGUAGAUUAAAUGAGUGUAAAAAGGUUUCCCUUCCUUCUCCUUUUAAGUCUCCAUGUAUAUAUGUCACUAUUUCAAAGCUCCAUAGAAGCCUAGACCCAUCAACAAAUUAAGGUGAGAGAAAAAGAGAUUCAUCAUCCUUCGGCCAUGGGAAGACCUCCUUGCUGUGAUAAAGUUGGCAUCAAGAAAGGUCCAUGGACUCCUGAAGAAGACAUCAUUCUUGUUUCUUAUAUUCAAGAACAUGGUCCUGGAAAUUGGAGAUCAGUCCCCACUAACACUGGUUUGUUGAGGUGCAGCAAAAGUUGCAGGCUUAGAUGGACUAAUUAUCUUAGACCUGGAAUCAAAAGAGGAAAUUUCACUCCUCAUGAAGAAGGAAUGAUUAUUCAUUUGCAAGCUUUAUUGGGUAACAAAUGGGCAGCCAUAGCUUCAUAUCUUCCACAAAGAACAGAUAAUGAUAUAAAGAACUACUGGAACACUCAUCUGAAGAAGAAGCUGAAGAAGUUUCAGUCAUCUUUGGAACCACAAAUGACGGCAGAUAAUUCAACUACCAGUCAUCAGUUUGUAUCCAAGAGUUUUGACGAGAGGAGCUUAGAUUUCACCAACCAAGACUCCUCCAAUCUUAUCUCCACCAUUAAUCAAGGCUCCUCGUAUGCAUCGAGCACCGAGAAUAUUUCUCGUCUUCUGGAAGGUUGGAUGAGAUCCUCGCCGAAGAACAAUAAUAACAACAAUAACAAUUCUCUCGUCAAAGCUCCUGAUCAUCGAAAUUCAAACCAGAACAACAACAGCAGCUUCGAUAACAACGAUAGUCUCGACAAUUCAGUAGCGACGACUUCUGUUCAUUGCUACCGUCCGAAAGAGGAGCAAGAAGGAGGAGAUUUGAUUUCUCAUGAAGAGUUUGUAUCAAUUUUAUCAUUUGAGAAUUUGAACAAUGUGGCAUGGGACAAGUCUACAAGUGAUCAGCAGUCCACUACAAAAGAAAGCCCAAAUGAAGAGAAGGUUAAUAUUAGAGCAAUGGUGCCGGCAGAGAGGAAGCUGCAAAGAUCUGAAAACUCAGCACCUCCAUUAUCGUUUCUUGAGAAAUGGCUUUUGGAUGAGUCAACUGGUCAAGUGGAGGAGAUUAAUCCGAUCAUGGAACUCUCUGAUCCAAUAUUCUGAUCAUAAAUGUUCAUUGUUAUUUUUUUUCUAAUUUCUAUUGGUAUUUUGCUUUGUUU